AUGGUACCUCGCAGCACAAACAUUACCCUUCUGCUCCUCGACUGCGACAACACGCUCGUCCAGUCUGAGACUCUGGCAUUUGAGGCGUGCGCAGAGCUCACCAAUGAGAUUCUUGCUGCCUGCAAUGUCGAUCUUCAUUUUACAGGCCGCCAGUUACAGCGCGACUUCGUCGGGCAGAGCUUUCAAGCCAUGAUGCGCUCGCUAGAGGUCAAGUACGGCGUCUCAUGCAACAUCACCGAUGCUGAGCUGGGAGACUACGCCAGCAUGGAAGACGAUCGUGUCAUCUCCAAGCUCGUGGAGAAACUCCAGUCGUGCGAGGGAGCCAAUGCUGAGCUUGAACGGCUGGUAGCUGCUGGCCGUCAUCAACUUGCAGUCGUAUCCUCGUCUGCACUGCGUCGUGUGCGUGCGUCGCUCGAGAAGACUGGGCAAAUCACGUUCUUCCACCCAAAUGACGUCUUCAGCGCUGCUGAUUUGCUGCCUGUUCCUAUGUCCAAGCCUGAUACGGCGGUGUACUUCCACGCUCCGAAGACCAUGGGUAAAGUUGCCGCCGAGUGCAUCGCAGUUGAGGACAGCCGGUCUGGCGCGACUUCUGCGAAUCGGGCAGGUAUCAUUACGAUUGGGUACACAGGUGCCUGCGAGGAUGUUGAGGAAGCGAAUACACUGCGAGGGAUAUUGGAGAAAGCUGGAUGCAAGCUGAUUAUGAGCAAUUGGACAGAGUUUCCUAAUUUGCUUCAUCAGAUUGAAACUGAGUUGCUGUGA